AUGUUAAGACACACAAUUCGUUCAUUCUCCUCGAGUCCUGCUAGAUCAGCCUUUGCUAGGGCUCAAUUUUUAGGAUCAGUUGGUCAUGUUAACUUAAGGGAAACUAAAGACGGUAAUAAAUUCAUGCAAUAUUCACUUGCUGUUAAUAAAAGUACUAGAGAUGGUCAACAAUUGACUGACUGGUACAAUAUUACUGUUUUUAAUGAAGCACAAGUUGCUUCCCUUGAAAAAUUUCUUAAAUCAGGUUCUAGAUUAAUUGUUGAUGCUGAUAUUAGACAAUCAACUUGGGUUGAUGAAGAAAAUGUAACCCAUCAUUCCACCAAUUUCAGACAAACACAUUUUGAACUUCUUUCUUUUGGUAGAAGACCUGAGUCUGAGUCUGAAGCUGUUGAAGAAUCUGAAGAAUAA